AUGUCUGACGAAAUUAAUGAGAAAAUGGAGCAAAUAAGGAUAAAGAACGAGGAGUUGGAGAAGAAACAUCAAGAAAUCCUUAAAGAUGAGUUGGAAGCAAAAAAACAGGGAGCAACCGUAUCAAAAAGUCAAGCAGUUUCUUGCAAAACGAAUGAAAAACAUCGGUACGAUAACGUUGAAUUAGAUUAUGAUGUCAAAGAUGAUCAGAAGGAGCAUGCUAAAAAUCCCGAUUAUAAGCCAAAAAAUCGAAGACCAAUACUUGGAAAGAAGCAAUUAGAUGAAAUUCCACCUGAUCCCGUAAACUUUUUGCGAGACGACGGAGAAAAUGGUCAAAAUAAUCAAGCUGAUAAUCAAGCUAGACGUCCACAACAGCAGCAACAACAGCAGCAAAAUAAUAGGAAUCGAAACAAUAAUAAUAAUAACACUAGAAAUCCUCGUCCAAGAAAUUAUGAGGAUGGUGAUUCAAGCAACAAGGAGAGACCAGAUGAGAAUCAAGGUCCACGACAACAAAAAAAUCACCGUCCUAGACCAAAUCCCAGUAAUAAUAACAAUAAUUAUCCAAAUAGAAGUAAUGAUGGAAAUGAUCAGAGACAGGCUGUGAAUAAUGAUAGUAAUAGCAAUUCGCCAAGAAAAACUCAUCCACAACAGUUGAGGACUGAGAGACGUUCAGCUCCAGCACAUAAUUCGAGUAUGGAAUCAUCAAAUAGUGAGCAGUCGUCAAAUGAUCCAAACAAGGGUUCAGCUCAAAGACAACCGCAUCAAAAUCAUCAACAACAACAGCAACAUAAUCGUCCGAAACGACCACAAUAUAACGAUAAUAAUAGGCCACGCUCAAAGCCUAAUAAAGAUGCAAUUAAUGAUAUAACGGUUGAAGUCACCGAUGAGGUGCGAAGUGUUAAAUUAAAAUCAAGCGAGAAAACAUUUGGCACUGGAAGAGUACGACCAUCAGCUGAAAGUUACGAGAAUGCAGAAGCGUCAAACGAUCAAGCUCAAUCAGAUGCUCGUAAGCAGCAUAACAAACCGAGAAAUAACAGUAAUAGGAAGCCAAAAUCAAAAGGACCGUCACAACCAGAAUUCCAACAUCCAAUUUUGGAUAAGAUUGUCAUAUCAAAAACUAGUGUCCAAGAUAGAUUGCUGAGAAGUAAAAUGAUGGAUGAAAAGGACCAUCAAGAGCCAAAAGUAGAAGCAAAUGCUCCAGAACCAGCUAAUGAUAAUUAA